GCCCUCCCUCUCCCUCCUCUUCUCCCCGUCCUGCUGACCACGUGAACGACCUCGCAACAUCUCAUCAGUCGGCAAAAGCUGCGCAACUCCAAAUCCAUUAGAUCCUCUCGCGUGGCUGAUAUCGGCGUGGCAAGUAUCGAAACUCCAUCGAUCAUACUGCUAGCUGCAAUGGCGACUGCGACUGUGAGCGCUGCUUCCCCUCCAGCGGGCACGAGCACGAGCGCACCAGAGAUCCACACCAGACACUCGUUGUCGGCGAAUGCGAUAGGUCAAUCUCCUUCGUUGAGCUCCUUCAUUAUGCAGUCCUCUCGAAACGGCUCUCCGGACGAGAACACUGCCGCGUCCUCGUCCAACGCUGCCGAUUCUUCAUCUGGGAGCACGGACGCUUCCACGGGGCCAGACCCGCAGAUUAUCGAAGCCCUUCGGAGCAAAGAUCGUCUUUACGUACUGAAGCUGGGUGAGCAAAUGGAGAGUCUCAUUAAUGAGCGAAGGACUCGCCUCGACUUCACUCCCGCUACUUCUUAUCAGCGUUUACUCGUACAUCGGUGCUCUGCAUAUUACAACCUAGCACCUGAAAGCGACAAUGCGACUAAGGUCAUCACGGUGUACAUUCGCUCGGAGAGCCGCAUUCCUGCAAGACGAAUGAGCGAGCUCGUGCCCGUGGAAGAAUCCGCGCAGCCCGCAUUCAAAAUCAUGACGCGAAGGACGGCAGAGGGUCCCAAGAGCCGGCAGACCUCCCAAGCGGGAUCAGUCGCUGGUGAAGACGCUGAGCUCUCUGAUGUAGAGCCAUCUGAAACGAGCAGCAUUGGUGGACGUAGCAACACAACUGGCAACAGCGUUAAAAGGCAUCGUACUCUAGAAGAGCGCGAGGCGGCUUACAAUGAAGCCCGGUCAAGAAUCUUCAUGGACUUCGAGGAAAAAGAGAAAGAGAAGGAACGAGAUAUGAGCGCCAACUCCUCCACUUUCAGCCUCGUCUCUGGCUCAUGCUCCAAUAGCGGCGACCGCGGAAGCAGUGUUGGCGACCUGGACGACUCAGCCAGCACUGUUGCAACGGAGAGCGAAUGGUCCGGGCCUGUGAUCCGCGACAAGAGGGAUGGCCGGCGUGGGGGUUCAUCUCGAGCAAACAGGCAUUAUAACGGCUCCGAAAGUUCGCGCAAUUCCAGAGCGACAUCUCCAUCAUUCAACUACGCCACUCUUUACGAUCCGGUUGCUGGUCCUGAAUAUGGUGCACAACCUUCUGCUCCAGGAUAUUUCCCGCCGCCUUACAUGUACCCGUAUGGUGCCGUGGCGGGACAAAUGCCAGGUCCUUACUAUCCGUACUAUGUACCGUACGGAUACCCUCCCCUUCCUCACGAUCCAAGUAACCCGAUGGGUAACGAUGCCAUGUAUUCUCCUUAUCAGCCCAGCACGAUGCCAUACACAAAUCCGUACAUGUGGCAGCAGCCACCACCACAACAGCUCCCCCAGCCGCCACAGAGUCCUGGAAGUGCAACUCUAAACUUAUCCUCCCAGGACUCCCAACCAUCGUCUCCUCAACCCCAAAAUGUACACCAACCUCAGCCGUUUCCGCCAUACAUACAUCCAACCCCUUACAAUCCGUACGCAAUGCAGGGCUAUCCUCCACCGCCCCCUGCUUUCCAGCAUCCCGGGCAGUAUGGCCCUCCGCCGCAGGCACCAGGCCAAACGUAUAUGCCCGAAAUGGCAAACAACGGCUCUUACAGUAAUGGAGCUAGUGACAGUGCUAACCACAGUCGAGAUUCAUCUAGGAGCAGCCAUGGAAGUAGGCGCGGAGGCGCGCCACGGACUCGCGGCUCGUGGAGUUAUGGCCCUGGAGCCGGUAACAAUGGCUAUAUCUACAAUGUCAACGUGAUGGGUGGCGGCAGCGAUGCUGUCGGACCAAGAUUAAGUAACCGAAGGAUAUCCGGAACGUCCAGUGCUAGUGGUAGUACCGGCGCAAGAACACCAGGCGAUGAGACGUCCUCAACUACGUCGUCAUCCACGUCGUCGUCGCGGCAAACUUACACGUCCUCUUCCUCGAAGCAUCCCCUCCCUGCGCGCCCAGAUUGGGCAGUAGGGCUGAAGCCCCAGCCAGGUCUCCACGCCUCAGGUCCCCGACAUCACGAUCACAGCAACGCUAACUCCCGAACAAUGUCCCCUGCGCGCCUCGGCGGACAAAACCACUCGACAUCUCAACACCAGUCCCAUCCAUCACUACAAUCAACCGACUUCCCACCGCUGCCUUCAGGCCCGGAGAAACGGUUACCGGUAGUGGGCGGUGCUUGGACGAAUACGUCCACGACAAGAUCUAUCAUGACGCCUGGCGGCUCCGUCCAGGGCACUGCGCUUGUGCACUACCCCAACUCCUCCCAGCCAGCUGCCCAGAAUGCUUCUGAGGCUGGCCACGAAGAUGACCAGGAGUCUGGAUUCGAGCGGCCGCCGCCCAAGGCUAACGCCGAGCUGUUCAACCCGAAGAGCGGCUCGCGCUCGCCUGGAGCAUCGAACGGCACUGGCAAGGGCAGUCAAGGGCAGAUGAAGGAGGACAUGCAGGAUAGCGGUUGGAAUGGGGAUGCGGCAGCUGGUUUGGCUGACAUAGUGGGCUCUAUGACGAUCAGCGGCUACUUCGGCGAAGUCGAUGGUGCGUCGUCGGGAGUGAAAAGACCUCCUUCAGCUGUACCGCCGCCCACGAGCGCCACGUCCAUCAGCGCAGCUGACGGCGAAUCCUCAUAG